GCAGUCGCAGAUUGACUUACAAAUCCGUUAUAACGACAGAUUUACCUGGCACAUACACUACAGUUGGCAAAAUAGGUUUGUUAUGUGACAUUUUAGUUUCUGCUUUCGUUAAAAAGUAUCAAUGAUGGGAAAGGACUAUUACAAAAUUCUUGGUUUAAGCAAGAACGCAACAGAAGAUGAAAUCAAGAAAGGAUAUCGUAAAAUGGCAUUGAAAUAUCAUCCAGACAAAAAUAAAUCACCAGGUGCCGAGGACAAAUUCAAGGAGAUUGCAGAGGCAUACGAUGUAUUGAGUGACAGUAACAAGAAAGAAAUUUAUGAUAAGUACGGUGAAGACGGUUUGAAAAACGGGCCAUCACCUAGUGGGGGACCCGGAGGCCCCGGAGGAACAUAUCACUACGAGUUCCAGGGUGACCCAAGAGAAACCUUUAAAAUGUUUUUCGGUGACAAUGACCCUUUUGCCAGCUUUUUCGGUGGCGGAGGAGGCCAACCUGGUGGACCUGGGGCACGUGUAUUUCAUUUUGGACCAGGAGGGGGUGGACCUCAUGAAAAUAUGGAUAUAGACGAUGAUCCUUUCGGUGGUGGAUUCCAUGGUUUCGGGGGACAACCUGGAUUACCCAGAAGAAAGAGAAAAGAUUCUGCAGUUGUUAGAGAACUUCCAAUAGCACUGGAAGAUAUCUGUAAAGGGACAACCAAAAAGCUAAAAAUUACAAGAAAAGUGCUCAAUGCAGAUGGCCGAUCGACAAGAAACGAAGACAAAAUAUUGACAAUAGAUAUAAAACCCGGAUGGAAAUCUGGCACAAAAGUGACAUUUCCUAAGGAAGGAGAUCAAACUCCAAACAAUAUACCAGCAGAUGUUGUGUUCAUUAUUAAAGACAAACCACAUCCUUCUUUUACCAGAGAUGGUUCCGAUAUCAAAUAUAAAGCUAAGAUUACACUAAGAGAUUCCUUGUGUGGAGCUACAUUACAGAUACCAACCAUUGACGGUAGGAGGAUACCAUUGCGUUUAACAGAAGUGAUAAAACCAAACUCUGUCAAAAGAAUUCAGGGAGAAGGACUUCCACUACCUAAACAACCCUCGAGGAGAGGGGACUUAAUAAUAGAAUUUGACGUUACCUUUCCUAGUCAGUUGUCGCAAAGUGCUAAAGAAAUUCUUUCGGACUGUCUACCAAGAUCAUAGAAUAUUUAUUAUUAAUUAUAGUUAUGAAUUAGAAGCUGUGAAAUCAACAAGUCAUUGUUCGAAGAAAAAAAACUGUGUCGAUGAACUUGAACCAUUCUCAUUUUCUAUGUACUAGAAUUUUAUCAUCUUUAAAACUAUGAUUCUAGAAAAAAGAAGUGUUAUCAUUGUUUACGAUUAUUUAUCUAGACAAGAUGUAUAAACCUACAGGGGAUAAGAUAAGUUUUGUAGGUGUAUUUUUCAUGUUCUUUGGAGCACAGCCAGUUAAGUGAUGUGAUGAUUCAUACACGUAUUUACAUUAAUAUUUUGUACCUAUACAAAAGAAUCAGAAGUUAAACAGCAGUGAUUAAUUAGAACAUCAUGAACUGGUUUGUGGGGGAAGUCCAGUGGUGAUAUAAAUAGACAAAAUUGUGACUGAAAUUAAUGAAAAGAAAGAUUAGCAUGUGCAAGUUUAAUUUAUUACUCAAAUCAGGAUGUAAACUGUAUCAAAAUACAGGAAAAAAACAUCAGGAUAGGGUCAUGUAAUCUGUGUCAAAUAUAUACACAAAAUAUGCAAUAAAUUCAAAUCCUUAAUCUUUGAAUAGCAUGAACAUGAUGAAUAGGAUCUGAAAGUGCUUAUUGAAAUUUAAAACGUACAUAUAACUGUACAUGUACAAAAAAUAUAGGUCCUUAGAGAUAUUUUGUCCAAUUCAAUAUUUUUUAUUUUAUAAUAAUAUUGUAUUUUAUGGAACACUUUCUGUCAACAAUUUUAACAAAUGUUUGUAUUGUGAAAAUAUAAAAAAAAUGGUCUGUUAAUAACAUCUUGGGAAUUAAUUACACAGAAACAAAGGCUCAACCCAGGCUACAUUUUACUAAAAAUGCAUGUAAGAAUUUAUGCGUGCAAUAUCCCAAACUGAUCCUUUAAAAUGGGAAAAACUUUGUUCAGUUUUUUAAACCCUGCUCACCUAUUUUUUUCAAAAUUUCAAAUUCUAAUUAGGACUUUUAUUUUGGGCUUCUAUGAGUAAAAUGCUAAGUUCUGAAAAUGCACAAUAAUGCUCCUUGAUAUACAUGUAUUUAUAUAUACAUGUACAUAUACAUGUAUCCCCUUGGCAUUAUACAUGUAUCUGUUAUUUUCACAAGCAGUAAUUCUUUUGGGAAUUUUAAUUAUCUGUUGUGUGUUGACCAGAUCUACAAAUUUUGUAUUACAUUGUAAUAUGCUGUGCUUUCACCUAAGGCAAAAAAAAAAGAUAACAUUGUAUGUGAAUUUCUAAUAACAGCUUUAAAAAAAUUUAAUUGUUAUACAAUUAAGUCAGGUAAUAUUUAUAAUAUAAAUACAAGAACGAUUUUAAAGUUCUACAAUGCUACUGUUUGGAUUUGCAAUAUGGGUAUACUUUAUAUUAAAAAAUGUAUGGGCAUGCAAAUUUGUGUAACAGUAUAAAUAAAAUAUUUUCGUAAAAAUGAAGUGUGUAGCUAUAUAUAGAUACAUAAUGUAUACAGGAAGACCUGAACUCCCCUAUCCUGCUUCCUUUUUAUCAACAUAAAUUAUGUGGAAGGCAUUUGACUUUAAAAAGGUGCCACACCCCCAACCAAAUUUUUUGUCAAAAUCUGGAUCUGCAUUUGGCAGAAAUGUACAUGUACAGUUAUACACAUAGCUUAAUUACUAUACAGUAGGAGUCUAGCUCAUUGUUGAAGGACGCACAGUGACAUUUUAAAGUUGCUUGUUGCUGGUGGAUAGUUGUCUUGUUGGCAAUUAUACCACACACCCUUCAGUGCCCAUAUUUUUAUACAUGUAAGGACAUGUAAACAAUGGUAAAGGUCAUAAACUUGUAUUGUAAGAAACUGUUAUUUGGAUUAUUGAAUUUUUUUUGAAAAUCACAAGUAGAUGUUUGUCUUCUUUUGAAAUUAAAGAAGCGUAGUAUGUAAACUUUCAUAACAAAAUAUUAUUCGAAAGAAACUAUUUAAAUACUAGUCAACUGUAGGUCAUUGUGUAAGUAUUGUGGGCAUUGCCUUUUGUUUAGUAUGUAAACUGUCAAAUUACUUAAAAUUUAAGCUCCUUAUGUCCAUAAUUCUGGUAGGUCAGACAAUACAAUUUAAAUGUCCAUUCAAGAAAUGUCACUACCUGCAGGUAAUUUUAACGAAGUACUACAAUUAGAUUAAAAUUUGGUUAAUGGCCAUCCUAUAUUGUUUAUUGAUUCUAUGGUUAACCUCCCUUGCAAAAAAGACAAAUGAAUUAUAACUGAAGACGCUAAACUAGAUGUUCUUUUUAUAAAGCACCAAGUCUAUCCAUCAUAAAUACCGGUAGUUUUUUCUUCUUCCCAAAACAGAUUUUCAGUACCCAUUAUCUGCAUUCUUGCUAAAAAUAGAUAAAAUGUACUUGUCAAAAAAGAUCAGUACAUUACACUAGUAGUAACUAAUAUAACAUUGUAAAAAUAGUAAAAAAUCUUUUCUCAACCCUUCAUAGGAUUGGUAAAGAUAUGCUGUUGUUAAACUUAACAUUUAUUGGGGAUGGCCUUACAAAGGGAUUGUUCACAAGAUUUGUUGUGUUGCUUAAUUAAGCAGCUUAUAUAAGGAUAAUUGAUAUCUACAUAUGUUUUGUUGUUACAUGUUUGUAUGAUUGUGAAGUAUUGUUUUGCCAAUAUUAUUGGUGAGGGAGUUGUUGAUGUUAUUGUUUAUGAGUUGGUGUAUAUGAGUGGUAGAGGUAUGCACUUGGUAAAUGAAAAAAUGCAUCUGCGUGAAAUUGCUCAUACUAUUUGCAAUCCAUUAAUAAAAAUCUUACAUAUUUAA